AUGCGCAGCGGACUUCUCCUAACACGACUUAUUGCAAUUAGACCAUCAACUUCGAGCUAUAAUGCUGGUCUUAUGACGAUUUCUUCAAACACUACUACCGAGAUAACCGGACCGUAUUAUGAAGCUACUUCGCUAAACACGGAUUUAUUAGAUCAUGCGGUAAAGGAAUUCAAAUCCUUUCAAAAAACUGUAAACUUUAAUCGAAUCGCUGAGAAGGUCAUCCCUGUGAAAGCUACGCCUAAUCAUUUACAAUGUGAAUUGGUGCUUGGACGAGAACAUUUGAAUUCCAAGGGUACUUUACAUGGUGGUAUGACAGCAGCUAUUGUUGAUAUCGUAACAGCAAGAGCUGUAGGACUAACAAAUCGUAAUCAGGGAAUGGCUAGUAUCGAGAUAUCGGUUAGCUAUCUAGCCCCUAUCCAACUUGGAGAUACGGUCCUCAUUCAAGCAACUGUGCUUAAACAUGGACGAAAUAUAGCCUUUACCGAAUGUGAAUUCCGACGGAAAUCCGAUGACAAACUGUGCGUGAAGGCGCGUCACACAAUUGCCCUCAUUUCGGGGCAACCCUCUGUGUUCGCCGAAAAUACGGAACUAUGC